AAAGGAUGCUGAACAUAUGUGGUCGCACAGAAACAUUACAAAGGAAAAGGACUGAACAAAGGCAGAGACGAUGCACUGCAAGAUUUUGCUCUGAAAUCAUAACCAGGGACAAUGCUGCCGGAUCUGGAGACGAGAGGAGCGUUUGGAGAUUCAGCCACGCAGGCUUGCUUAAAGCCGGACAUUCAUGUGCCUUGUGAGGUGUCUGUGGAUGAUGUGCUAGUGAACUCUUCAGCUGGAAUUGUUGAAGACCAUAGUGUCGUAAACGCUACAGAGACUGAGACCGAAGAAUUUCAGAAAGAGAUGUUCAUGUUCAAAGCGCCAGCCUCUCCGCCUCCUACCUCUGGCCUAUGGACAACGCAGAGGGAUGGAGAGGUCAAACUGAGGAUGGGUGAACAUGGCAUUGACAGUGAAACACCAAAGACUGUUCACGAGCUAUUCCUGGAAUCUGUUAAAAACUAUGGCGAUUAUUUUGCUCUUGCAUCAAAGAAGAAUGACAAGUGGAUCAAGUUCACUUAUAAGCAAUACUAUGCUGAAUGUCGGAAGGCAGCAAAAAGCUUUAUAAAGUUGGGCUUGGAGCGUUUCCAUGGUGUGGGCAUUCUGGGAUUUAAUUCUGCAGAGUGGUUCAUUGCAGACAUCGGCGCUAUCCUCGCAGGUGGUUUUGCUGUUGGCAUCUAUACUACAAACUCCCCUGAUGCCUGCCAGUACGUAGCAGAGAACUGUGGGGCUAAUAUCCUGGUUGUGGAGAACCAGAAGCAGCUGCAGAAAAUCCUAGAAGUUCAGCACAAACUCCCUCUUCUGAAAGCCAUCGUUGUGUAUAAUGAAGAGCUAAAGGAGAAGAGACCAAACCUCUACACUUGGAGCGAGUUUAUGAACAUUGGCAAUGAUGUUCCAGAUGCCCAGCUCGAUAAUAUUAUUGCCUCGCAGAAACCAAACCAAUGUUGUACGCUAAUAUAUACCUCGGGAACAACUGGGCAGCCAAAGGGAGUUAUGCUCAGUCAUGAUAAUAUAACAUGGACUGCGUUAGCAGCUGGGAAGUACGUGCAGUUGACAGAAGCUGCAGUAAAGCAGGAACUGGUGAUCAGCUACCUUCCCCUCAGCCACGUUGCCGCUCAGAUGAUUGAUAUUUGGCUGCCAAUAAAAUUUGGUGCACAGACUUUCUUUGCUCAACCAGAUGCACUGAAGGGGACCUUAGUAGACACACUACGGGAAGUGAGACCAACUGCUUUCAUGGGAGUUCCACGCGUCUGGGAGAAAAUGGAAGAGAAAAUGAAAUCUGUGGGCUCAAAAUCCUCUAUGCUCAGAAGAAAAGUGGCAGCAUGGGCUAAAGAAGUAGGAUUACACACCAACCUGAAAAGGAUGAAGGGGUCUUCUGAACUCCCCAUGAACUUCCGUUUAGCCAAACAGCUGGUGUAUAAAAAAGUUCGCAAGGCUCUUGGACUGGAUCGCUGCACAAAAUGCUACACUGGGGCUGCUCCAAUUACUAAAGAGACUCUGGAGUUUUUCUUGAGUCUCAACAUUCCUGUGUAUGAGUUGUAUGGCAUGAGCGAGAGCUCUGGGCCUCAUACGAUCUCUCUCCCACAUGCAUUCAGGAUCUCUAGCUGUGGAAAGGAGAUCACAGGCUGUAGGACACUGAUUUACAAGCCGGAUAGUGAUGGCAAUGGAGAGAUCUGUUUCUCAGGAAGGCAUGUCUUUAUGGGCUACUUGAACAUGGAAGAAAAAACCAAAGAGGCAAUUGAUGAAGCAGGUUGGCUACACUCGGGUGAUCUUGGCAAACAUGAUAAGGAUGAAUUCCUCUUCAUCACUGGAAGGAUUAAAGAGCUCAUCAUUACUGCUGGAGGUGAGAAUAUUCCUCCUGUUCCAGUUGAGGAUGCUGUGAAGGAGGCUGUUCCCAUAAUUAGUAAUGCUAUGUUGAUUGGAGACAAAGCAAAGUUCCUUUCUAUGCUGCUAACACUGAAGUGCAAAGCAAAUGAAGAAACUGGUGAACCGGAGGAUGACCUCACUCCAGAAGCUAUAGAAUACUGUCUCAAACUAGGCAGCAAAGCGACAAAAGUCUCGGAGAUUGUGGGUGGCAAAGACAAAGCCAUUUAUGCAGCUAUCCAGAAGGGAAUUUCGUCAGUCAAUGAAAGAGCAGUCUCAAAUGCACAGAAGGUGCAGAAGUGGGUCAUUCUGGAAAAGGACUUCUCCAUCUCUGGUGGAGAGCUAGGGCCAACGCUGAAAUUAAAAAGACCUGUUGUAGCAAAGAUGUACAAAGACCAAAUUGACCGGUUCUACACCGACGCGGAAACUCCAGCCUCUACGGAGAAUUCUCUUCGACAGUAAAUGUGGAACUCUUUGGGUCUCAUCGGGACAUCCCAUUCUCAACCUGCAUGCAUGGGACUCUCUCAAAUGAAGGGUGAAAUAAAACCAGACUCGGUUAUAACGCAAUCCCUCGCAGUCAUUUUAUCUGUACCCUUUCCUCAUUACAGUACCUUAGAGCAGCAUUGCCCAUCUUUGUUCUAAUGCCAAUGUUGGUGAGCAGCUUAACUUGAGAGAGGGGAAGCAGGAGGUUGCAAGCAAACUUGGCAAAAAGUUUAUAACUUGAACUGUCAAAAUAGUUCCUAGAAUGCCUUGGUAUGUGUAUUGUAAAAGCCAUGGCAUAGCUUUAUUUUUCCACCAAAGGUUUGUGUUGUGUUGUGUUGUGUGUGUUUUCUGAACUGAAUGUAAAAGAAAGAGGAAACCAGGUUUCUCUACCUAGUUAGAGGCUACAGGAGCAUUUUUUUUUUUUAUAUAUAUAUAUAUAUAUAUAUGUGUAUAUUUAACUGCAUGUUUAAUUGCAUCUAUAUUUUUGACAAGAUAUACUUUCUGUUAAACAGAGGAGAGGCACAAAUGCUGUAUGAAUAUACAUACUGGACAUAUUUAAGGCUUCAUAUACUAUAUGUAUGUGGUAAUAGGUUUAUUAGAUAACUGUGCAAUACUUUUAUUAAGCCUGUCUUUCCUUUUGGGAUGUCCCAAAGCCAUAAGUUAUAAUUGAAAUUGUACCGUGCAUGUGUUUGGUAUAAGAAGCAGUCCAGAAAAAGAUGCUUUAAUAGGGCUGUCCAAAUCAGGUUCUCUGACAAAUUCCUCAGAUGUUGUCUAGCAAUCUCAAAGUGUCUAGAACUUGGUUUUAGUGGCACAGCAUCAAUUAAGAUGUGGGUGAGGUAAGGUAUCUUAAACCUUCACCUUGCAGGUACAGGUGUAGGAGAGAAUAACAGCUCUGAACAGUUUAAAGGCCAACGAUCUUUUCUUAAAAUGAAUGCAUUCAAAUUUAAUUUUUUAAAUAACCACCCCAGCAACUGAAGGCUUUUGCAAAUCCCUAGUUCUUCCCCUUACCAGUCUCAAGAAGCUGAUACUCUCUCAGGGUGGAGGACUCUCGUGCAUCGCAGCAAACAACCCUCUUCACUAACUUGUUUGCUCUGGAGUAUCUGUUGCUAUCAGAUGUAAACUGAUUCUGCAAGGAACCCCUGGCUUAUCUGUUUGUCUUCAAAUACAGAUGGGUAAUUUGGACUGCUAACGUUUCCACCAUGACUGAACAGCCCGCAGUUGAUGUGAAGCUUUCUAUCCAUCAUUGGAAGCUGGGUUGUUGUGGUUUUUUUGUUUUUAAAUAUAACUAAGUUUCAAAAAACAUCAAUGUUUCUCUACUUGCUGUAAGAAACUAAGAUGAAGGUAACUAAAAGUAUAUAAUCCUUGUUGGGGACUAGGAGGGAACAAAUGCCCAAGUUGGUUUCAAAAUUAACUGGGUUCAUAUAAGGCAUCUGACAAGAGCCCGGAGAUCCUGUGUAAUGAAUAACCUGUUAGGCAUCUUACUCAGUAGGUCAAGUAAUAGUUCAGGACACCAGGGUGAAGUGGCACCUGAGAAAUUGGUAAUCUAUUUAACUAUACCACCACUUUGGCACCAAAGACCUGGCUUGUUUAAACUAAAGUGGAGAGCAAGCAGAGGUAUUAAAGGACCUGAAUUUCUUCUACUACUAUUUGAGGAUGUCUUUACAGGUUAGGGCUUUAAAUGUGUGUGUAUGUAAUGUAUAUAGUUCUUGUUGCAAAUCCGAAGGCUUGUGCACUAUUACAGCCAUUUACUGGUCUCAUAAACCUGUUCUGUUGGACAAGGCCAGAAGCUGUUUCUAAGUUUUGUUAAAUUAAUGUUAAAUAAAUUCUUGAAAACCCUU